AUGUUCGUCACCUCCAAAGUGAUCGCUGCCCUGAUGGGUGCCUCCAUGGUCAACGCCCACAUGAUCAUGAGCAGCCCCACCCCGUACAGCAAGGACACUCUCAACAACUCGCCUCUGGCAGCAGACGGCAGCGACUUCCCUUGCAAGCUUCGCGACAACGCCUUCGAGGCCCCCGAGACCGAGACAAUCAUCGCCAUCGGCGAGUCGCACCCUCUGACCUUCAUCGGCAGCGCCACCCACGGCGGUGGUUCCUGCCAGAUCAGUCUGACCACCGACCUGAAGCCCAGCAAGUCCUCCGAGUGGAAGGUCAUCAAGUCCUUCGAGGGUGGCUGCCCUGCCAAUGUCGAGGGCAACAUGUCCGGCGGCCCUGACACCCCCGACCCUUACACUUUCGACUUCAAAAUCCCUGAGGGAAUCGAGGCUGGCAAAUACACCCUCGCCUGGACCUGGUUCAACCGUAUCGGCAACCGCGAGAUGUACAUGAACUGCGCCCCCAUCACUGUCUCGGCGCUCCCCGAGGACCUCGAGAAACGCUCUUCUAACUUCCCGCCCAUGUUCGUCGCAAACGUCAACGGCUGCACCACCAAGGAAAGUGUCGAUAUCCGCUUCCCUCAGCCAGGUGACAACGUCGAGCACAAGGGUCAACCCGGCAACCUCGCCGCAGAGGGUUCCGAGGCUUGCACCGGUACCCCUACCUUCGGUGGCUCCGGUAUUACUGUCUCCGCGGGCUCCUCUAGCUCCGGCUCCGACUCUGGCUCUAGCUCAUCCGGCUCCGCUUCCUCCGGUUCUUCCUCUGCCCCGGCAGAGGGCGCCUCCGCAGCCGUCUCGGUAUCCAUCGCCCCAGUCCCAGAGUCUACUCCGUCGAGCGCACCCGAGCCCGUGUCCUCCACGGCACCUGCCCCAGCUCCCGCAACAACCUCCUCAUCCUCCCGCUCUGAAACUGGAUCUGACUCCGGCUCCGUCUCGGGUGGCCUGACGGGUAGCUGCAGCACCGAGGGCCAGUGGAACUGCAUUUCAGGCACCGCCUUCCAGCGCUGCGCUUCUGGCACCUGGUCCGUUGCCCAGCCCAUGUCGACUGGCACGCAGUGCAACGCUGGUCAGAGCGAGGAGCUUGUUGUCAGUGCCAGUAAGAAGGCGCGUCAUGUCUCGAGCAUGCGCUUCCGCAAUCGCUCCUACCGUCACCACGGUCACGCUUAG